CUCCCCUCCCGGCGGACGUCGGCGCGGCGCGGGCUCGGGCUCGGGCGCCGGGGCUCGUCUAGGAUGGGCCCGCGCGGGGUGCUGCUCUGCCUGCUCCCCUUGGUGCGAGCCGCCGGGCGCCCCGAGGCCCCGGCCGACGAGCCGAGCCUGGAGGCGGCCGUGGCCGUGCCCAACGCCUCGCACUUCUUCUGGAGCAACUACACCUUCUCCGACUGGCAGAACUUUGUGGGCCGGAGGCGCUACGGGGCCGAGUCCCAGAACCCCAUGGUGAAAGCCCUGCUCAUCGUGGCUUACUCCUUCAUCAUCGUCUUCUCGCUCUUCGGCAACGUCCUGGUCUGUCAUGUCAUCUUUAAGAACCAGCGAAUGCACUCGGCCACCAGCCUCUUCAUCGUCAACCUGGCGGUCGCCGACAUCAUGAUCACGCUGCUCAACACCCCCUUCACCUUGGUCCGCUUUGUGAACAGCACAUGGGUGUUCGGGAAGGGCAUGUGCCAUGUCAGCCGCUUUGCCCAGUACUGCUCACUGCAUGUCUCAGCACUGACGCUGACGGCCAUUGCUGUUGACCGCCACCAGGUCAUCAUGCAUCCGUUAAAACCCCGGAUCUCCAUCACAAAAGGCGUCAUCUACAUCACAGUUAUCUGGACCAUGGCCACGUUCUUUUCGCUCCCACACGCCAUCUGCCAGAAAUUAUUUACCUUCAAGUACAGUGAGGACAUUGUCCGCUCCCUGUGCCUGCCAGACUUCCCUGAGCCAGCUGACCUCUUCUGGAAGUACCUGGACUUGGCCACCUUCAUCCUGCUGUACAUCCUCCCCCUCCUCAUCAUCUCCGUGGCCUACGCCCGCGUGGCCAAGAAGCUGUGGUUGUGCAACACAAUUGGGGAUGUGACCACAGAACAGUACCUGGCCCUACGGCGUAAGAAGAAGAAGACCAUCAAGAUGCUGAUGCUGGUGGUGGUCCUCUUUGCCCUCUGCUGGUUCCCGCUCAACUGCUAUGUCCUCCUCCUGUCCAGCAAGGUCAUCCACACCAACAAUGCCCUCUACUUCGCCUUCCACUGGUUUGCCAUGAGCAGCACUUGCUACAACCCCUUCAUCUACUGCUGGCUCAACGAGAACUUCAGGGUUGAGCUGAAGGCAUUACUGAGCAUGUGCCAAAGGCUGCCUAAGCCCCAGGAGGAAAGGCCACCCUCCCCAGUUCCUUCCUUCAGGGUGGCCUGGACAGAGAAGAGCAAUGGCCGGAGGGCUCCACUAGCCAACAACCUCCUGCCCUCCUCCCAACUCCAGUCUGGGAAGACAGACCUGUCUUCUGUGGAGCCCAUUGUGGCAGUGAGUUAGAGGGGGGUUGGUGGGGGGCAGCGGGGGGAGAGGCAGAGGGAGGGCUGUCUCCAGCUGAGGUUGGGAAAGGGCCUGAGGACAGAGCCUGGAAAAAAGCCUGUCCUCUCACACAUGACCUUCACAGUGCUUGAAACAAGGUCCUACAGAAGCCAUGGGACCCUUGAUUUCCUAGGAAAUGCUGUCUAGCCUCCUCCCCCAUUUGAUGUGAAAACUAAAAGACAACUACCAAUUAGACACAUGUUUAUGAAUUUCUGUCUAAGAAAUGCUGCGAGGCAUAUCACCCUGGUUCCCUGAGCCAGAGAACCCAGGACAGCUUCAGCCCACAUGAGGGCUGAGUCAGCCCUCUGCCUAACAACCCUCCCUGCCACCAAACAUUCAUAAAGAACACCUGAGUCAUCUUGGGGAUGUGGCUGACCCAGAUACAACAAACUCUACUUGAACAAGAUUCACUGGCCAGUGAAAGGUGAGUGAGCCACAGCUGACACGGAGGGGUUUUUUUGCCUCACUUUCUGAAGUCCUGGGCCAGGAUGAAUCACAAUAGUGUGGCAGCUGGCUGGAUAGAUGACAAGAAAGGACCAAUUCAGUUCCCUUAAAACAAUGAGGAAUUAUUGAGUUCUCUUAAAGAGGAAUUAUUAUUAAAACUUGGGAAAAUUUAGAAAAGCACAAAGAAGAGAACAAAAAUCACCCCCUUCUGUCACCAGUGGUGAUGAGUUUUGUUAAUAUGCUGUGGAUUUAUUUGCAACUUUUUCCUUUGUGUGCAUGUGUGUGCACACUCUUCCUUCCAUUCUGAAUUACACUUUUCCACAUAGAGAUAAGCAAGAAACAGGGCAUAACAGAGAACUUCUGAGCACUUCUUCCAGGAGUAGUGUACACCAGAAGAGUUGGAAGAAGAGGUGGGAGAGGAACCCAAGGAGAAGGCUGUCAUGGAGCCAACAGACUGCCCUCAUCUCAUAACCAGUGGUAGGAAAGGUCUGGAUGAAGUACCUCUUCUCCAAUGGCAGCCAUCAUGAUGAGCCGGGGAACAAAACUCAUUCAGGAGGCAUAAUUCCUUCUCUCCUGCACUCACAUGGAACAAGAGGUGGUAAAAUGUUGCCUUGCCUUUACAGGAGAUGAUGGAGCAGGCUCUCCAACAUGCCAGAAAUAAUUGCACUUAGACACUUCAAAUCCUCCCAAGCUGUCUAGACAGGCCACUUCUCUGUGUUUUCUGAAUAAUAAGGCUUCUUCACGCCAGUUCCCCAAAGACGACUCACUUGUCAACAUCACCCAGCUCACAUAUCACCUUCAGAAACCUAUGACAUCGUCAUAGCCCUUAAGGACUCAACAUGUCAGAGAAAUCUCAUUCCAGAGACUGAGUGUUUUCAUCACCUUCUGUCUGGUCCUGAGUGACUCACUGUGUCACCCAGGAGACAGAGGCAGAAUAGAACUUAAUUCACCCACCCUAAACAAUUGCCAAUCUCACACUGAUUUUGGGUUUUUUUCUAGCACCAGACAGAUCUUGAAAGCAAACAUGGAUAUGGAGCUGAGUGGAAGACUGAGGUUUGGGGAGAAGGGCUUUGUCCAAGGUUCACUUAGAUCUCUUGACUAUUCAUUGAAAUUGAAAUUGAACUUGGUCAUAUCAUCUGCUUUCCUAUAAUGAACUAUUUAUGAGAAUGUUUGAAAUGUUUGACUUUCAUGGGACAGAGAGGCUUCUAAGCCCAUAGGGAUCUCAAGAUGGAUUUUCCAGGCCAAAUGGCUUCCAGGCCUGUGCCUACUGUCUCUGUGGUGUCAAGAAGUAGCUAAUUGUUUCAUCUUAAUGCUGUCACGGAAAUUCUUUGAACCAGACAGAGAACAGACAGGACUACAAAUAGUUUGUCCUACUCUAGAAUCAUGGGAAAAGUGAAGCUUUUCCUUGCUGAGGGCAUCUGGAAAUACUGCAAAGUCAGAGGAGACCCCACAGAUGGCCCAUUAGGUCUAGGUGUCCUGUCAGCACCUUGUCUCCCCCAUUCCUCUUAUUCUCUGUGUGCCUCAGAGCCAAAAGCAAUUUGUAUUUGUGAAUGUGAAAGUUGUUAAACUUGAGUCUUUCCAGUGUGUCAUAGUGAGUACUUUAUUAUCAAUGCUCCAGUCUCAAUAAAAUAUAUCUUGGA